ACGACACCGAACUACCCCCUCCCUGAUCCCAUCCAUCACCUUGCUAUCCCCGUUUCAUUUCCGCAAUUCAGUAUCGAGCGAUCGAAAGGGAGGAGCUAGCCCGAUCGACCCGAUUGCUUCUUCUUGCUAUCAGAUCAGGGCAAUAUGGAAUCGAAGAUGGAGAGGAUGAGCUCGUCGGUGCAGUCUUGGGUGGCGGAGCACAAGCUCGCGACCAUCGGAGCUCUGUGGGCGACGGCGGUGGGCGCGUCGGUGGCGUACAGCCGGAGGAGGGGGCCGCAGCGGACGACGAGCCUGCGGCUGACCCACGCCCGGGCGCUCACGCUCGCCGUGCUCGGAGGAGCCGCCCUGGCGCAGCACUACUACAGAAAGAGCAGCAGCGAGAGGAGAGAUGAUUUGGACUACGACUUCUACUCGCAGCUGCCGGCGGCCACCGACGCCGACGGCAAGGAGAACGAGCGAUGGAGCUGGUAGUGACUUGCCUUGCGUUGCGUGGGAGGAGAAGAAAAAGUCAACAAUAAUUGGGGGUGCAUGACGUGGCGGAUUUAUCCUGAUCCAUCCAGCUAAGACGGGCCCAUGGUUUCGUUACUUUAUAUAAUCCGGGCGGCCGGCCGGCCGGUAGCCUUGGAGGAGGCGCCCAUGGUUUUUCUGGUUUCCGGAGCCGGAGAAGACAAGCAGUAGAUAUUUCUCAACAAAAUGAAGCAAGAAACUGCCUUCUUCUCUUGUACUACUUAGUACUAUUAAUCUGUUGAUGAUGAUGAAAAUGA